CCUUACAACGUUGCAACAAAAUCUUUGAAGUUGAAACAAGAAAUUGUUUUUUUUUUGUGGCUUUCUUGACCAUUUUGACAAAUCAUAGAUGCCCUUGUCUUGAAGAAGAGUAGAAGAAGUGCUCAUUCACAAAUAUGAAGGAACCAUUAUCUUGAAUAACGCAAAAUUCCAGCUGAUUUUCAUCAAGGCCAGCGAAGUUCCUCCAAGUGACGUGUUUGUAAGCUCUCAUUUACAGCAUGAAAGUUAUACUCUUUUCUGUUGCGGUUUUCGGAAUCCAUUCUUUAUUAGCUUCUUCAAAGGUGGUACAAGGAAGAUUAUUUAAAGGUCCAUCAUUUUGCCUUUUAAGAUCUGAUGAGGGACCAUGCAGGGCAUAUUUCGAAAAUUGGUAUUAUGAUGCCYCAUCUGGGGAGUGUAAGAAAUUCAUUUAUGGGGGUUGUCAAGGAAACAAAAAUAGAUUUGAAACAAAGACAGAGUGUGAAAGAMUAUGCAAAGUAAUAGACAAAAUGACAAAACAAUCAGAAGAGAGCAAUACUCACAAAUCAAGUUUAGACACAAGUUCUCUUUGGGAUCAGCACAACAUKAAACUAUUUAAUAAAAAAUGGAUGACAAGAAAAAGAAGAGCUCUCAGAGAAGACACAUCUCAGAAGCAGAAAGGAAAUGAUGAAGCAAACUCUAAAGACUUUCAACAAAAGGAUCCAGUUCGUGCUAUUUUGGGARAUACACCUGCCAAACAAAGCAGUGAUCCAGCAGCACCCAGUCAAGAGCAUUCUGAUCCACACAAAAGUGAMAAACAAGUCGGGGAUUCAAGGACAAGAAACAAGGGUUUUACAAAAAAUCAAUCCCACAAAAACGGCAAAAAACCGAUUCAUGGAGAUGGCGAUAAAGCUAGCAAAGUAAAUGUGGCCCGACAAAGUGCAGGAUUUAACCCUGGAAAACAAUCACAUCAACAGAAUGAURGUGGCAAUGGUGGAUUAGAUAAUGGUCUCCCAGGUAGAACAAAAAUAAAACCACCAGCCUUACCAGUUAACAGUGGAAAUGAUGAAACAAAGAAUGGAUUGAAUGAUAAAACAACUUUCCAGACAAAACUCUCCAAAGCAAAAACUAGUCUCAAAAAUGCCUUAAAAGUAACAGAGAAUAAUGGAGAAGAAAGUAAAACAGAGAAUCAAACACCAAAAAGUACUAAAAAUGCCGAACAAAUAGACCAAGUAGAUGAUAAAAAUAAUGAUGAUAAUGAUGAUGAUCAUGAGAACAGUACCUUUGACCAAAGACCUAGUAAUUCAAGAAUAAAAAACAAGAAUUCAAAUGGUAAUAGAAAUACUGAACAAGAUCCAGCUAAUAAAGAAAUUGGUAAACCUAUGAAACCAAUUGACAAUAAGAAGGGAGAUGUGAAUGCCAAUAACAUUGCUCCAACUCUACCAAACUCUGUUAAAACUACAACACGAGUGUCUAACUCUGAUGUCAAAAGUGACAAUGUAACAAGAUUAUUACCAACUAUUGCUGUUAAGACAGGAGAUAUUUUGCCUACCUCGACUUCUAGUGCAAAUUCUAGACAAAUUGGAGCUUUGCCAAAAUCUAAUAAAACAAGAGUUUCACAAGUUGAUGUAACACCCACACCGACGAUUGACAAUCAAAAUCCAAGAGAAGCAAAGAGUUCUGUUGUGAAAAUUAGUCAUUCAACAACACAAGCAACAACUGUACCAACUACUGUUAAAAAUAUGCAAAGUACAAAUGAGCCAGUCAAGACUCCUAACAAGAAGACAGAUGAGAAACUAACAACAGAAUCUUCGCCAACUGCAAGUGAGGAAACAAAACCAUCCAAACCUGUGAAUAACUCUAAAAAAAUCAAGGAGAAGAAACCACAUACAACAGCUCUACCAUCACMGAGUCAAAAACCUGAGCCAACUGACGGAUCUGAUGAAACGUCACAUACCUCAGAAAAAAAACUAACAGAAACUGCAACAGCUUUACCAACAUCAAGUAAAAAAACUGAGCCAAAUGAAGGAUCUGAGGACAAAUCUCAGAUCUCAAAUCAUGAAGACCAGGAAAGCAAUAGACAAAUAAGACCAAUAGGUGAGGAGGUGCACUCGUCAAGUCAUUUUGCUGCCUUUUUUCUAUCAUCCAUUGUUGCUGUGUUUGCAGUUUACUUUAUUUAUCAUAACAGACAAAAGAUUGUUGCCAUAGUCAUUGAAGGGCGGACUGUCAGUCCAAGACGUGGAGCAGGAUACAGAAAGCUUGAAACCAAUGUARAAGAAGCAAUGCCAACAAUGAAAAGUAUGAAUACCACCCCAUAUAUCUACUAAGUUUCAUUGUUUUUACAGAAUACGUUGCAUAACCAAGAAAUACAGAUUCGAGAAAUAAAGUUAACGAAAUUAAGAAAAGUUAAUUGUACCUGUGUCCAAGACGCGAAGAUUUUAUAACAUUUUAAGAGAAAAUGAAAACCCAAUUGCACAAAAUCUAUAAAAAAAACACGGAUAUUAAAUUAUAGUUAGGUAAACUAAUUUUCGUAAAAUGACAACAUAAGAUGUCUCGUGUUAGUCACUUCAAUAAAUGUUGACGUCACUAGGUUUUUUGUUUGUUGGACAAGUCAGGUGACAAAUUGUCAACUUCGUCAUCAUUCAUUUUCACAACGAGAGUUCGUUUGGUUUAUUUUAAAGUCCAGUAAGUGGGCAAUUUCUACGUAUUAUCGCAACCAUUUCUGUUUGUUAGUCUACAUAUUACGAGUUCUUGUUGUGUUUUUAAGCUUUUCUUUAGUUAGCUCUURAUUUUAUAUGAAAACUGUCAUUGGUUUCUUUCUUGCUUUGAAUUUCCAGAAGUAACCGUAGCCAGAUUGCUCCUACUCAUGUAUUUUAUGAAAGUGAACUAUUAUAAAAUGYGACGUCGAGCCUUCUUUACAAGACUCAAAGGCAAAAUUAAAAGCAUUAGCACAGAUGCAAACGCAAAAAAUGAACAUUUACCUGGCUUUUUAUGAUUGCGUUUGUAYUUGCGUUUGUGAUUGUGAAUUGUCUUGCAUUUGAUUUGAUGUUCGUGUGUACAAGCCUCCUUCUCAGACUGUACAACGAAACUUUUUUGAUUUAAACAAGAGGGAAACGUUUUCCCAAAAAGCAGUAGUCAUUAGUAGUAAGAAAUUACAUCAAACCUUCAGAUUUUCCAACGCGAAAAUAGUAGCAGUCGGAAAACAAGAAAAAUAAGAGUGAGAGUUUAUUCAAGGCACGGGUAAUGAUAUGUAGUUUUUAUAUAUUUAUACCUUGUUGUAAAUUAAUAGUAGAGAAGUUGCUGUAAAUAAAAAUUCUUUAAAUGCAAAA